UCACGAGGAAACAUUCAAUUAACCUCGGCGGUAGAGCAUACAUUGCUCUUUAGAACCGUAAAGGCGAAUUUGCAUUUCCCAGAAAUGGAACGGCUGCGUCACAUUGACGUAGCUUGCUAGCCAGAAGACUUAUUUAUGCCACAUUUACAGGGUGCUGUGCAGAGGGGAGAGAAUGCAUGACAUGCACACAAGUCUGGACCAUCUCGGUAAAGACCAAACUGCGCCCGCGAAAUGGACGGGUCAGAAAUCUAUCUCGGAGAGCUGGGGAAAGAGCUCUUACAUACAGUCGCUUGCCAACAGUGCUGCAAAACAAUUAACUCCAUCGAUGUUCAGCUGUCACGCCCGCAUGCUCACCUGUGCAACGGUAACAUGCUGCUCGUGAAAUUUGCAAGCGGCGGAAAAAACAAAGGUCAGAAGAACGCGCCGCCAAAUCGCGACGUCUGGAAGGUAGCCCGACGUCGGCCGACUUGUUGUCAGCCACACAAGUACUUCGUGUGCUGGCAUUUUAACCUGAAAGAAGGCUGCUCGGUGCAUCGGGCCAGGUGUACGUUCGCAUGGUCAGAGGAGGAAGUCGCCCUUUGGAGCUUUGAGAAAAAGCACAAGUGCACUCAGGCACAGAUGAUCGAAGCUGCACGGAGGAAAAUCAGAGAACAAAGUUCAAAGGGCACGGCAGCCACUGGUGCCGCUCCUGAACAAGACACAAUCUCAGAGGUGGCAAUUAAACAAAUGGAUGAGUUUGGUGGUACGUUCAGAGAAAUUUGCUGCCAGUGCUUCUAUAGUGUGCCGCAGGUGAUCAGUGAAGACGCUUGCCGUCGCCUGACACCUCACUGGCCUUGGAAAGGUCUGCUGGUCCACGUGAGCAAAACAGAUAGGUCGGUCAGUUACAAGGAAGUCCGUCCUCUCAAUGACAAGUCAAGGUUGGCGCCAUGUCACCAUGCUUUGAAACAACGCCAUUGUCCAAAAAGUCAAAUAUGUUCGCACUCACACAAUGAUGUCGAGUUGUCCGUAUGGAAGGCUGAAACUUCGGACAGAUUAAAUCGAGCGCACCUCUUAAAGCUGUCGGCGAAGAUUGCCCCGGCGAAAAAGCACGCAGCGUUACCCACGGACGCGAAAGAGGAAUUGCCAGAACGCAUCUAUUGCUGCUUCUGCCUCGUCACCUGCGAAUCGCCGCAACAGUUUGCUGUCCACAAAACAUCAGCAGAGCACAGGCGUAUGAUCGCCAUGGACUCAGAUUUGGAUUGGCAGCACAGAAGUCCACCACUGAAUGUCACAAACGGACGCUACACAAGAUGUAUCCGUGGAGAGGAGUGCGAACUUGGCCGCGAAUGCCCCAGGGCGCACUCGACGGAGGAGCUGCACGAGUGGGAGAGCCGCCUCGAGCUGCGGCAGAGUCGGGCGACGAAGGCUCGCCAGCUGGGUCUGCAGCCCUACCGCGAGCAACUGCUCGACAAGUACGCCUCGUCGCAGGCAGAGGUGUCCGUGAUUGCAGAGAAAAUAGACGAUGCCGCUGUGGAAUGCCAGACAAGCUUGAGCAAAACCUGCCAACUACAGCAUCAUAUUUCAUGGACAUUUAAUGUUACAUCCAAGAGUCCCCUCUCGCAAGUCGCCCUGUUGCAAAGUGACCCUGACAUAAGCUUCCAGCUGGUGGGGCAAGGUCUUGGAGAGACCUGUGUGGAGGCAAAAGGAGAUGUAUUUGCUAUCACACCAGCCACCGACCCUGGCAAAAAUCAAGGGGUGUCCUUAAAUCCUCAAGAUGGCGACAAAGCGAGCCAUCAUGCCAUUGUUCAAGUGUCAUUUAAGGCCACAAGGUAUGGAUCUUACCAGCAAUGGCUGGUGUUUGACUUUGGGAGCGAACCUGUGCUCAAGAAGGAACUCCACGUGGAGGUGGUGGAUGCUGCUGCUAAAAGAGUUGACUUGGGAAACGUGGGUCACGUGCCAGUGAUGAGCACACGGUGGCACAGCGGAAACCGCACUGUUAUGUUGUUGCGAGAUUACUCGGAGGAUGAUCAUCGUCUGCUGGCACGCUAUAAGAGGCCUGCAGUCACACUGGAUCCCCUCGCAAAAAGACCGCUGCCCCCACAGAUCACAGCUGACAACUACCAGCAGAGCCUGCACACAGCGCUGUAUCGUGAGGAGGCGGCACAAGAGACGGUGCUGUCCAGGCUCAAUUUGCAGACCGAAGUGCUGAUCAAAAAGAUGGUACACAUGCCAACGGGGGAGAUAUACAUAGCAUCGACGGGGAUGCUGUUUGCAGAGGUGCCAAUACCUCCACAAAUGGGCCCAGACUCAGAGGAAGGCAUGCUACUCCGGCGGAGUGUGGACGUGGCACUGGUCGCUCUGCCUGGCAGCGAGGAUGGCUCGCCAGUCUACGAGGUUUCCCUGUCCAAGGAUCUCUGCUCCGUCGACUGCUUGCGCCUAUUGCUGCCCGAAUCGGUCUGCCGUGCCCUCGCGCUCGACGACGGCACCAGCCGGCCCCUGGACGUGCAGUUCCAGUUGGACCACCUCACGUUUUGCAUUCGGCACGCAGCGGUCGACCAAAUGGAUGCACGGCUCAUCCUCCCCGACAUCACCAACUGUGCCUUGCCAACAACAAGGCCAGGCAUCCUCCCUGCCACUCUCAAAGGUAAUGACAAGCAGAAGAAGGUGAUCAUGUUUGCAGUGGGGGAGAGAACGUGUGACAAGCCAACACCUCCAUUUCUCAUGUACGGGCCUUUCGGCACGGGCAAGACCUACACUCUCUUCCAAGCAACAGUGCAGAUCCUGGCCGAGCCAAACGCUCGGGUCCUCAUUUGCACCGAGGCAAACAGUGCGGCCGAUCUCUACAUCCAAGAAUACCUUCACGAGUACGUCACGUCUGGCUUCAAGGAAGCAACGCCGCUCCGCAUAGUCUACAAGUGGCGGAACAUGAACACCGUGAGCGAGGUCGUGAGGAGGUACUGCUGCCUGGACCCUAACGGCCCAUUCUUCGCCGUGCCAAGCCUCGAGAUUGUGAAGGCUCACCGCGUGGUCAUUGCCACGUACGCGCAGUGCCGCACGCUGUGGCAGCUGGAGCUGCCUCGGGGCCACUUCUCUCACAUCCUGCUGGACGAGGCGGCUCAGGCACUGGAAGCGGACGCACUCAUCCCGCUCGCCCUGGCCGACUCGAGCACCCGUGUGCUCUUGGCCGGCGACCAUAAGCAGAUCACGCCCAAGCUCUACUCCAUGCCAAAUGACGAUAAGCAGUUCGUCAUACGGACUCUACUCCAGAGACUCUUCCACCAUUACCAGCGCCAGAAUCACAACACCGCACAGUGCAGUCGCAUCAUCCUAACGGAUAACUACCGUUCAAGGCCGGAGAUAGUCAACUUCGUAUCAAAGCAUUUUUACCUGGGCAACCAUGACAAGGACUUUAAAGGAAUCAAGGCUCGGGCCGAUGUUCCUCGUCACCCCGAUCUCUACCCACUGACCUUCUCUCACGUCAGCGGCAAAUGCGACUUUGACGAAGUCACUCGGACAUGGUACAACACCACGGAGGCCCUGGAAGUUGCGGAGCGUGUGGCUAACAUCCUACAAACUUGGCCCGAGAUCCAUGGACGGCUGGAGCAAAGCCAAAUUUGCGUCAUCUCCUAUUACAGCUCACAGGUCAAGCUAAUCCGGUACGUGUUACGGAGGAAGCACAUGGGAUCUGUCAAUGUAGACACUCUCCAAAGCAUUCAAGGGAAGGAGUUCACUGUGAUCGUGCUGAGCACAGUGAGGACGAGGUCCAGCCGGCAGAGCAUGGUGACGGACGGUAACCUGGGGUUCUUGGCAGAUGCGUGUGCCCUCAACACGGCCAUGACGCGGGCGCGUGCCCUCGUGCUCGCCGUGGGCGAUGCCAUGGCGCUCUGCUCCGUGGGGGGCUGCAGCCGCGUGUGGCAGAGUUUCCUGCGCGAGGCUCACGUCCACAGCAGCAUGCUACCGCUCAGCAUGGUGCCUGAGGACAUCGCCGCCAGUCUGUCAGACUUGGCAAGGCUGGAGGGUGUUGAAAGGCGAUCGCAGCUUCCUGGCUUAAAAGAGGAGUCCUGGGCCUCAGGUGACAAUGGUGAAAGUGAUGCUUUAAAUGACCCAAUUCUCUCCGAGUUGCUGUAUGAAAGCAAAGCUGUCUAUAUCCUGACAACAAAAGAAGGCUACACGACAAUUUCUGAGAAAAACUCAGAAGAAGCCAAUUCAUCGCCACCCCCAACAACUCCGGCCAAUCCAGAAAUAACAUCUGGUAACAAAAACAUCCAAAAAAAGUUUAUAAAUCAUUCAAAAGACACACUUCAGGAGCUACUGACAACACAGCCACAUGUUUACAAGCACUGUGAGAUAGUGAUACAAUCUUUUCGGAGUGGCUACGGAAUUCCAAAAGACCGAAGUAUUCCUCCAAUAUAUCUUAAAUCGAGGGAAAGCAUUGGCUGUUCAUUUUCAGGAGAUGAGGUUGUCAUUGAAAUUUUGAGUAAAAAUGCUAAAAAGCAAGGUCAAAAAGCUGCCAAUGUUGGUGAAAAAAACACCAAUUACAGUGGCCGCGUGGUUGGGGUACUUAAUCAGGACGUUGAGCGUCACGAUAGUGUUGUGUGUGGUGUAGAUCUCUAUGAUGCCAACAUUAUGAUCCCCAUUGACAAAUGCAUGCCCAAGAUUUAUAACCCACCUAUCGACAGAAGGCAUAGCCCGAAUCGGAAUAAGGUCGCCGUGAGAAAAAAGUGUCCUGAUGGAAGGUGGUACUUUCAUGAACAUUUAAAGGAUCAAAACAGGAGCAGCAAGCUUUUUCUGGUAAAAAUCAAGAAAUGGCAUAGGAAUUUGCCUUACCCACUUGGUAUUGUGGUUGAUGUCCUGCCUGAGCCAAAAGACGUUCGUGGUCAACUUGAGAUGUUUAAAGAAAAUAGUUUUUUAAAGAAUGCACAUCACAUUCAUUCCAUGAAUACGUGGGAAUAUGAACAAGAUCAUGCAAAUAAUAAUGGCAAAGAUUGCCGCAAAAUAUUCACAUUCACUGUGGACCCGCCAGGAGCCAGAGAUCUGGAUGAUGCAAUUAGUGUUGAAGACCUUGGAACGUGUUUCAAAAUUGGAGUGCACAUUGCAGAUGUAGUGCAGUUGGUAAGGAAGGACAGUGAUGAAGAUACAUGUGCCCAGGAGCAGGGAAACACAUACUAUGAGGAUGGUAAAAGAACCUUCCAUAUGCUGCCCGAAGGCCUGUGUGAAGCUUGCAGUCUCCUCCCCGGUCAAGAUCGUUCAGCCUUCUCACUUUUCUUCACAUUUAAAAAGGAUUCCAGCACCACUGAGCAACUUGAAACGUCCUUUGAACAAACAGUCAUCCGGUCGAAAUGGCAGCUUACAUACGACGAGGCCGAAACGAUCAUCAGUCGCUACGGAGAAAUGCCCCUGAAGAUAAAGUCAUCAGAGGACUACAUCGCAGUAGCCUUUUUCUUUUCACGGAUGCUGCGUCAGGAGCGACUGCAUGCCGGCGCCCUGUACAUUCAGCCGGAAGAAAAUAGACCCAUUGACGGGUGCCGGGGACACAUCAUGGUUGAGGAGUUCGCGAUCACAACCAACCACUUGGUGGCGAAGAGGUUGUUGGAGAAUAAAGCCACCGCCGACAUUACUCCAUUGUGCCACCAGCUUCGACCGGAUUCAGAUGAGAUUAAUAACUACUUGGAAGAGUACAAAUCGGUCAUCCCUUUCUCGCUGAGCCUCACCUCCAUCCUCUCUCCAAUGCCAACAAAAGCUAUUGGAAAUCUGAAGACACCAAGUCAUCUGGAGUUCAUGCAGUUUAUUUGGGAGAAGAUGAAGAAAGCAAUACAGGAUAAGGAUUCCUUCAGGCUAUUUACACUAAUUGCCUUGGAUGACAUGCAUCCUUUUUUGGUGGCUGCAGUGAAGGAAUUCCGUAAAAUUCAGUUUCGCUCAAUGUAUAUCUGCUCUUCUGCACCAUCGACGGAUAUGGGCCACUACAGCUUACGUCUGCCUUUUUACACAAAAUCAACAUCGCCCAUUCGACGCUACAUUGACGUGGUGGUGCAGAGGCUCUUGGCAGCCAUAUCAAUGCAUGAAAGACCAGCCUAUACGCCUGACGAAAUGGAAAUCCUCUGUCGUAACUUCAACGACCUGAAGAAGGGAGCUGCAGACUUAGAAAAAUUGACCACCAAAUUAAAGUUCUCUGAAAAACUUUCAAUUCGAGGGUCGCAAAAGCUGGCACUGAUUUCCUCAAUUGAUGAGCAAAGCAAGAACUUUGAUUUGGUAUUUCCACUCGAUAGGAUUAACUUGCCUGAUUAUUACAAUGUAAAUUUUCAGUCUCUACAGCUGGCCACACAGCCUGUGUUUGACAAAGAUGAAAAUGGAAGGAAAAAUGUCAGCGUCCAGUGGAGAAUCCGCAUGUACUCAGUAAAAUCAGAUGCCAACCAAAUUCCCCCAAUGCCAAAGCAUUCCUCGACAGAAGUUUGUAACGUUAGGUUAGAAUCUUGGGAAAAAGUUCUGUUGGCUGCUAAGAAAAACAAUUUUGAAGAGGCAAGCAGGCUUAUCCAGGAAGAGGACGAGUACAUGGAUAAAAUUGGUGCAAGUAAAAGCAGCACAACUCCAUUAAAAGACAAGGAUUACAUGAAAGAGCAUUUCAACAUCGGGGACGUUGUUCUGAAGACCGGUACUCCCGUCAGGGUGCAGCUGGGAGUAAGGGUGCAACGCGCAUUCCUGUCCCCUACGGUGCAGCUGCUCUCUCUCAAUGAGGCCAUACCAGAUAUCUGCCUAGAACAUGCGGAAGACCCUGUGUCCACGUACAAAUGCCACGCUGAAUUCCAAACCAGAGACCGCUACAAAAAUGUCAAGAGCUAUCAAGAAGUAUGGGCACCAUUGUCUGCAAUGGAAUCAGUCACAGUAGCAGUGAAUGAACACAGUUCUAUAAUGCUAUGUGGCAUGAAGAUCCUAUGGAGUAGCAAUGACGAGAGAGACCAUUCAAAGGGAGGGAUUCCAACAAUGAACAAAGACAAACUGAAAGGAAUGUUUGUUCUCAAAAAAGUUUUCUUGGAUAAGAACUUCAUAAAGUGUGAUUUCAGACACUGUUAUCUUUGCAUUCGUUGCAAGAUCAACCCCACCAAGCGUGCUCAAGAUCAGAAACUCACCAUAGACAGUGACUGGUACACCUGGGUUUGUCAUGCAAAAACGACAGAAGUACACAUUCCCAAAGUCAAUCAUGAUGAGACAUGUCAAAACAUGGAUGAUACUGAGGUGAAGGUGAAGUUUGUGGAAUGCACAAGGUCUAUGCAGGAGAUUCCGAAGGAGAUUUGCAACAAGUAUCAGCCUUACAUUAUUGAACUUAUUCCCAAAUCCAUCACGGAUGUGCGGAAAGAGAAGGCAAUUCAAGCGCUGUAUGACGCUCCCCUUGCUAAGGAUAUUGCCCUUGGCUAUGAUGAUAUAGCUCGAAAACACCGACAUCGAGUUACAGAGAAAAAAGACUUCAACAUUCCAGGCUUUCAACUAAAUAUCAUGCAGACGACGGUUAUAAAACAAUCUCUCACGUCUGCAUUCACGGUCAUCCAAGGCCCUCCAGGCACUGGAAAAACUGUUGUGGGGAUCCACUUGGUCAAAUGGUUCCAUGAAGUCAUCAAAACACUGCGAGAGAACUUGCAAGCUGAUGCCAAGCAUAUCUGCAGCCUUUAUUGUGGACCUUCAAACAAAUCUGUGGAUGUAGUGGCAGAGCAUUUGGUCAAAAUCGAAGACUUAAAGCCUCUAAGAGUGUAUGGUCAACAGACAGAGGAAGAAGAAUUCCCAAUUCCAGGGGAAACUGAUGUGAUUUUUCUAAGGAGCAAGAAAGUACCAAGAGUCAACCUGACUAUCAAAUCCAUCACAUUGCAUUACAAAAUCAGGGAGGAUACCAACCCGUAUGCACAACAAAUACGUAAAUAUGAUGAAAGGAUUAGGAUUUUGAAAAUUAAGAAAGAAGAAAAAGAAAAACGUGAAAGGGCUGAAAAGGAAAAACUUGAAGCUACUGAACAAUCAAUGCAAUCCAAGAACUGUGAAGAUUCUCACCCAAGUGUGGCACAAUUGGAUGAAUUUUAUUCUCCUGAUGGACAAACUGAAGAAGUAAAAGACCUUACACUUGAAGAAAUUAUAGAAUAUAAAAAACUCAUAAAAGAUGCAAAGGUAAUUGAGCUGAAGAAGAGCGACGUCGUUAUAACCACGUGCUCAACCGCGGCGACGGUCAUUCUCCUCAAGAACCUGGAUCCUCGCGUGUGCCUCGUAGACGAGUGUGCCAUGUGCACGGAGCCGGAAUGCCUCAUCCCUCUCACCAGCUACAAAGACAUCGCUCAGGUUGUCCUGCUGGGAGACCACAAGCAACUGCGCCCUUUUGUGCUAAACCGGACGGCAGCCAAACUGGGAAUGGAAAAGUCUAUGUUUGAGCGCUACGCAAAGCGGGCCAUUAUGCUCGACACACAGUAUCGGAUGCAUCCAGAUAUCUGUGAAUUUCCAGCAAAGCAGUUUUACAGUGAGACCAACAAAACUCUUAAAACUGCAAAGGAGGUUUUUGGUCGACCUAAUAGCAUCCUAGGAUAUGCUCAUAAACCCAGCUGCCCAACCCUGUUUGGUCAUGUUGUUGGAAAAGAAGUGACACUGGUGGUGUCUACGGAAGAAGGCAGCGAGAACUCCAAGGCCAACAAAGCGGAGGUUGAACAAGUGGUUCGUCUCGUAAGUGAAUUGAUCAAAAAAGGCUCCAUUGCAGAGAAGGACAUAGCAAUCUUGACUCCAUACAAUGCACAAGCGAAUGAAAUUCAAAAAGCUCUGGAAAAAGAACACAUCAAGAAAGUUACUGCAACCACCAUUACGAAGAGCCAGGGAAGUGAAUGGCGCUACGUUCUGCUAUCAACGGUUCGUUCUUGUUCUCUUGACGAAUUUAAAGCCAAUCCAUCAAGGGGCUGGCAAAUAAGUAGGCUGGGAUUCAUCAUCGACGAAAACCAAGUCAACGUGGCAUUAACCCGAGCAAAGGAAGGGCUCUGCAUUAUAGGAAAUCAAGAUCUGUUGAUGUGCAGCGAUUUGUGGAAGGAGCUCAUUGAAAGUUACCAUGAAAAGGAUUGCCUUGGUAAUGCGGAUAAAAUCAUUGUGAGCUCAGCUAAAUAACAGGACCACACGUUGAUUCUCAUAAUGGAAUUAUACUUUUUUUUAAACAUUAAUCCAAAAAACACGUAUACAUUACAAUGUAUAUUUUAAUUCUAGAUUUGAAGCUUUCGUGACUGCAAGGAUUCAUACGCUUUGGUUCUAUUCGGUAAAGUCACGUAGGUAAAACAAAUUUAAAUAAAUUUAAAUAAAAUGAAAGAAACAGAUUUGAAA